AUGUCGACCCUUUUUCUCUGGAAGCGCCUGAAAACCAAUCCAUUGUUAGAGGAACCUCCUUUAUUUGGAGAACGACCCCCCCGUUUUUUGGAUUCCAAGUCAAUUUGCAGGGAGUUUCCAGGUGCCUUGCGACCCGCCAAGCCCCAGGUGGCGGUUUGCCUGUCGCAAGCCACCUACCCAUCGGAGUUCCGACUCGACUGGUGCGUGGGCAGCCAAUGCUUCGACCACUCCAUCAGCUGCGCGCAGUUCCAGCUGCGGAUCAGGGGCUAUUACGAACACGACCGGCGCCCUCCCUUGAGGGAGGCCAUGUUUUUGGUCACUUUGCCGCCGGUGUACCAGAGGGAGAUGCUGCUGGGCUGCCCGGGGAUGGUGGUCUUGGCACAUUUGCUGGUAGCAGAGAGCCGGCUCUACACCCACGAGGUGACGGAGGCGCUGGAGCUGGUGAGCCGGGCCCAAGCCAUGCUGCAGCUCCCGGAGAUCGCCGGCGUGCACGCAGAAGGCGUGCAGAACGCCUGGCCCUUGCAGACGGCCCUAGGGCGCGUGGAUGGCCUGCUGGCUUGGUUGGACACUGGGCGCAUGCCGCUGUCGGCGGACAUUGUGCUGCCCCACUGCCGGGAGGACUUGUCCUGGCUGGGUAACAGCUCCCUGCUGCAGGUUCUGCCAGCGCGCACGCGGAUCUUCGUGUACGAGAAGUGCGGAGCCGGGGAGGAUCUGGCAGCUGUGCUGUCCCCUCUCCUGGAGCCCCACGUGCAGCUCAUCCUCGCGCGCCUCGAUGACGUCGCGGACCCCGCCACUGGGCUCUCAGCGCGCAGGGACGAGUGCACCGCCUACCUGAGCCAUGUGGUGACUCAUUUCGGCGACUUGGGGGACCUAACCUUCUUCCUACACGGGGACCCUUCGGAUCACACGCCCUUCGGCCUGCUGAAUCUGGUCUUCCGGGCUGUGGCUUUGGGCACCCUGAAUCAACUCGACUUCGCCCACCUGGGUGCCCCGAGGCUGGUGGCGACGUACAACCCCUGCCAGGACGAUAUCUACCGCCGGGCUGUGGGUCGCGAGCCGGGGCGACUGUACACCUACUGCUGCUCCCAGUUCCUGGUGUCCAAGAGAAGGAUCAUGCAGCGGCCUUUGGAGCAAUACCUCCAGAUGCUGCAGCUCGUUGAUGGCUCUGUGCCGGACCUUUGCCAGCGGAUCGGGCCCUCCUACGAGAAGUACGCGGGCCAGCGCCUGUCCCACUGCUUCUUCUUGGAGUUCAUGUGGCACGUGGUCUUUGGCGAGCCAGAUGAGCUGCCCCUGCGCGCGGAUGAUACCUCGCUGCCGCUCUUUCUGCGGCUCAAGGCCGAGUUGCUCAGGGCAUUUCACCCAGUGUUCGCUGCUUUGGUUGGGUCCCCCCCCCCACGCGGGAAGGUCGAAACGCCAGAGGGUUUCCGUAAAGUGGGUGUCCAAACAAAACCAAAUCGGAUUCCCAAACCAACCAAAGGGGUUCUUCCUGCCGGCUUGAAAGUGUGGAUCGCACUCACAAGAUUAGCAUCUGUUCUUAUCAGUGAAACAACUGAUGAUCGAAUGGCAACAUGCAAUUUGGCUCAAGACGCUGAAAAGAAGCGCGCCUUUUAA